ACGUAUGAAUAUUUAAUUGAAAAUAAAGUUAUAGGAGGCGCUUGCGCGACCACAGAACUCCACUUAAGUCUCCUGAGGUCGCGUACACGUGUCCGCAGCGCGAAAAUUUAAAAUUACAUAAUAUCCACUAAUAAGAAUUACUGGAAACGCACGGCGCAAAGUCACUCUGAAUGGAUUAAAUCGUCGGCAUCACCGAUAAUCCGCGUAUCGUACGAUAUCGUACGCGGCCCCCGCCGUUUAUGUAACAAAUCAUUUUUGUGUAGCGAUAUAGUUGCUCGGCAGAUAAGAAAGUGGAAAGUCGUGUUAUCAGGGUUAGUUCAAUUUAAGCGAUCAGCAUGUCAGUAACACACAAAUCUUGCCGCUUAAUUGCAACUAUAUUGAAUAAAAACUGUAGAUCUGUUAAUAAAUCUGUUUUUAAUAGAAAUAGACAUGUGGACAUCUCGAAAGAGAUUUACUUGCAGUCAAGGUCAAUAUAUACGUCCACACUCUUGUUCAAAAAUAUUUCCUUCAAACUUUCUGAUAUCGGCGAAGGUAUUAGGGAGGUUGCAGUGAAAGAAUGGUUCGUGAAAGUCGGGGAUAAGGUAUCUCAGUUUGAUAAUAUUUGUGAAGUUCAAAGUGACAAAGCGUCUGUGACAAUAACCAGUAGGUACGAUGGUGUAAUUACCAAAUUACAUUAUGCCAUCGACGAGACCGCCUUGGUCGGAAAGCCCUUGGUGGAUAUCGAGACGGACAGCGGUGACGAUACCGAAAGCUCAUCGGACGACGAGAAAGUCGAGAAAAAAACUGAAGAGAAGAUCGUAAAGAGCGUACAGCAAACAUCACCGAGCUCCUACAAGAAGGACAUUUGUAUUCCAUCUGUCAGAAGGCUCGCCAAGGAGCACAGCGUCGACUUGUCUUUGAUUAAUGGAUCUGGAAAGGACGGAAGAAUACUCAAAGAAGACGUUCUGAAUUUUUUGAAAUCACCCGAAUUGAAGGCAGAUGCUGCUCCAUCAGUUCCUGUUCAUACACCAAAAACCGUGCAAGCCGAUAGAACGGUACCGGUUAAAGGUUUCCAAAAGGCUAUGGUCAAAACUAUGACAGAGUCCUUGAAAAUUCCGGAUUUCGUAUACUCCGACGAAGUAGCUGUUACUAAAUUAGCCCAAUUAAGACAAGCCGUGAAGGAAGAAUGUUUGAAGAGCGGCGUUAAAAUAUCUUACAUGCCUUUCUUUAUCAAAGCGGCAUCAAAUGGUUUGUUGAAAUAUCCAGUGUUGAACGCCUCCGUGGACUCGAAUUGCGAAAACAUCACUUAUAAAAGCUCGCACAAUAUCGGUAUUGCCAUGGAUACGAAGGUAGGCUUAGCUGUUCCAGUCAUCAAGAACGUGCAAGAUCUCUCAGUCAUUGAAAUUGCCAAAGAGCUGAACCGCCUAAUGAUCAGCGGAAAAGAGGGCACCUUUUCGGCUAGCGACCUUACAGGGGGCACCUUCGCGAUUUCCAAUAUCGGUGUUAUUGGAGGCACGUAUACCAAGCCAGUGAUUCUACCACCACAAGUAGCAAUCAUUGCUUUAGGAACUUCAAGGGUAUUACCAAGAUUCGAUGCCGACAUGAAGGUGAUUCCUGAAGAAAUCAUCUGCGUGAGCGGAGCCGCCGACCACCGGGUUGUGGAUGGUGUCAGCAUGGCAAGCUUCAUCAAUUUACUCAAGAAGCAAAUCGAAAAUCCGUAUCUGCUGUUCCUCAAUCUCUAAAUACCGUGUGUUCAAGGAGAGUGGUGGAGGUGAAGUAAUGAAUAAAUGAAGUUUUACGUCA